AUGGUAACUCUUAUAACCAUAUGCGAAACGAAGUAUGGAUAUAUAACUUGGGAGGAAAACAAAGCUGUGUUUACCGAAACCGAAUCUUCAUUGGAUAUUCCUGCUCUUUAUGUAGCUCGAGCUACGUACAAAAAUGAAAUUAAUACUACUGGAUGGGCUUUUCUAGAACUACACACAUCAGAAGAUGCAACUGAUGAAAAACAGGCAUAUGCUGCUGGAUAUCUUGAAGGUUUCCUCACAAGGGAUCUUAUUUGGAUGCAUUGGCUGAACAUGCUAAAGGGAUACUGCUACAAUAAAACAGAUGUGUGUGGCCUCAUUGAAGAAUUCAUAGACAAAAAUGAGGAGUAUAUUGUUUCUAUGGUGCAGACCAAUGAAAGAGAUCCAUAUUGGUAUCAAAUAAAGUUGUACUACAUCCAGCUUGAAGGGUUGGCGGUUGGCUACAAUGAAGCCACAACAGAACCCUAUCAGUGGCUCACCGUGCGGGACAUUGUUUGGAUCAACAUGCUGGGCGAUUUGGAUGACCUGGCGUUUGCUUUAUCGAUGCCGAAAAUUUUACCUGACGACCUGAUUUUUGGAGAGCACUGUUCCGGUCUGGUGAAGUUGCUUCCGGACUUCAGCAAUCUGUACACCGCACAUUCUACUUGGAACAGUUACCAAUCUAUGCUGCGACUUCAAAAGAUGUACGCGCUGCAUUACAAGUUGAGCCCGAAACAUUCGAAGAAGAUCCCGGGCUACAAGAUGUCAUUCACCUCCUACCCGGCGUUUGUCCAGUCCACAGAUGACUUCUACGUCAUAUCAUCAGGGCUGGUGGCCGCGGAGACAACCAUCAGCAACAGCAACAGAACACUCUAUCAGCUAAUCAAACCUAAUGGAUCGGUAAUGGAGUACAUCCGGGCUAUGAUCGCGAACCGUCUCGCCAACGACGGCAAGGAGUGGGUGAAAAUUUUCCGCGAACAUAACAGCGGCACGUACAACAAUCAAUGGUACAUAGUCGACUAUAACAAGUUCACGCCUCGCACUGAGAAUUCACCGGGUUCGAUCAAGAAAGGCCUGCUGUGGAUUGUAGAACAGAUUCCUGGUUACACCGAGGCUGCAGAUUUAACGAACGAGUUAGUAAGCAGCACUUACUUCCCGUCAUACAACAUCGCUUACUUCCCGUCGAUAUUCAAUCUGAGCGGCGGAAACGAACGGGUGGCCACCUUCGGCGACUGGUUCGGCUACAACACCAAUCCAAGAGCACGAAUAAUGAAGGAAAAGCAAGCCGAGAUCAAGAAUCUGCAGGAUAUGUGUCGUACCAUGCGCUACAAUGACUACAAGCACGAUCCUCUGGCCCGCUGCGAACAGUGCUCGCCCCCUUACAGCGCGUGUAAUGCUAUCGCCGCACGAAACGACCUCAAUCCAGCCAACGGCACAUAUCCGUUCCGCGCGCUGGGCCACCGCAGCCACGGGGCCACGGACGCGAAGGUGACCAGCUCUUACCUGCGUAGUCAAUACCAGUUCAUCGCAGUUUCUGGACCUAUGUACAAUAUCUCGAGGGGGAUACCGCCUUUCGCGUGGAGUGAAUUCGAUAUGGGUCCCACCAUUUCACACAUAGGACACCCUGACCUCUGGAUGUUUCCCCCCGUUCUGCACAAUUGGGAAUGGAAGUAG